AUGGAACUCUGUAGCAGUGACGACAUGAGAACUAAGCUUGAACAAGAGUACUGCCCUCCAGUUGACUCUGCCUUGCUAGCUGCGCUUGCACUCGACUUUGAUCUUGACAACCCUGAUGACGUCAAAGCGUUGCGCGAAACUCUCGACUCGAUCAAAGAAUCAGCACUGCAGGAGGAAUCCCUCGCGUUCGAUCCAUCUGGCACAGCCAAUGACCAUCUGGAUUUUCCUGAUACCGUUGGAACUUCAAGCGCUGGCCAUGAUUCUUUCCCUACACAUACGCCUAGCACCAGUCAGGAAUCUCAGAAUCUUCUCGAUGGAAGUGAAUCUAGAAGCUCCAAGUCCAGAGAUGUUUCACAGCCAAUGUACACUUUGGCCGCGGAUGGAUCUCUUCAAUUUGUGGGUGGCACCGGAGAAGGCAAAGUCAGCCUGUUACAAGAGAUGUUUCCCGACAUUUCAAAAUUCAACAUUGAGCAGGGGUUGAAGAAGAGCAAUGGAGAUGUGGACAAAGCCAUGGACAUGCUUCUGAAUUUGUCGUUCUUUUACCAGGGUCACCUUGAUGACUCUGGUGUUGCGAUUCCAAAGGGGCUGGAUGGGUUCAUGGACGAGACCCCCGACAUUGGUCGACAAAAACCCCGCAAGAAAAAAAAUAAGAAGAAAAGCAAAGUCCUCUUCGACAGUGAUGCAGCAAGUGGGGAAAAUGAGCUCGCUCCAAACCAUUGGCAGAAGAGCAAGGAUGAUGUUGACUUCAUCCAUUCUCGUACACCUGACCUGCCACGGUCAACAGUUGCCUCAACUUACACCCAGAACAAUCGGUCCCUCCCCGCUACGAUCAAAUCUCUGGCUGAUGCCCAUUCUGUUGCGGACAUUAAUGAGAUCAGGGAAGACUCUGUGGUGCAGUCACAGCUUGAUGAGCUUGCAAGUGAUUUCCCGAAUGUAGCCCAGCCUACGCUGGUGGGGUUGCUCCGGAUCACAAGGAACAUCUUCUCGGCUGCAAACGAACUGGCGACGGAGAUGAUCCGUCAGAAGCCAGCCUUCUCAGUCUCUGAUCUGAUCAAGAUCACUGCGCCGAAGUUGAAUCUCGAGGACGAGGAGGAUGAGCCCACCGUGGCACCAACUCGCCCAGCCGGGGGCUCUCAAGGCGCGGGUGAUUAUGACCGGGAGCAAGCAGCAGCAAGUGCUUACUUCACUGCCAAAUCGGUCGCCAACGCUCAAGCUGCACAGGCAGCCCGCAAAGCCAAGUCCGAUCCCCUGUACGGGGGCGCCUCGCACUACUACCGCGAGGUCGCACAGCGAAAUCGGGAGCUUGCGAUGCAGCAUCUCGCCGCAGCCUCGGAGCGUCUUGUGGACAUGCAAUCCUCGCAGGGUGAUCUUGAUUUGCAUGGCUGCCAAGUCGCACAAGCAGUCCGGAUCUCCCGAGAGCGUGUCGAGGCAUGGUGGGACGGGCUUGGGGAUACCAAGCAUAUCCGUGGCGGGGGUAGACACGCCCACAAUGGGUUCAAGAUCAUCACCGGCGUUGGUCUUCACAGCCAUGAUGGCAAAUCCCGCCUUGGACCUGCUGUCAGCAAAGCUCUCAUGAGUGAUGGCUGGCGUGUGGAGAUUGGCCGAGGCUUCGUGACCGUCAUCGGCGCUGCCCGUCGCUAG